CUUUGAUUAGGAAUGAAUUGGCAUUAUUAUUUUCAGUGAAAUAUGCAAUGCAUUGAAUUUCAAAUAUAAAACAGCAUUUUUUAGUAUUAGUUUUUGGAAAUGGAAUCUGAUUUUGAUAUCUAACUUCAAUUUGAUUCUUGCAAUGACAUUAAGUGUAUUGAAAUUUGAGAAAAAAGGCCAUGGGAGGCAGAUUUUAACCAUCAGAAAACUAACAGUUUCUCCGUAUCCAAUACGGUUGAAUCGAGGCAGUAUUAAACUAUCACUUGUUGCAGAAAUUCACGAAGAUGUACCAGCAGACAUCCGCAUUUAUUAUAAAGCAUGGAAAGUGAAACAUUUGCCUUUUGGGUUGAAAAUUCACAUCCCAGCUCCCAAUCUGCUUCCCCAAGGAUGCACUCUUGAAGACCUGAAUCUCCAGAUGUUAGCUAGAAGUGGUCUAGUAUUAAAAGCUGACACCUAUAAACUUAACAGCAUCACAAUUCCAAUUCCAACAAUCGAAGGAUUUGUUGGAGCAGUUGUCAGAUGGCUGUUAUCGGGAAAAUUUCUGAUUGAAGUAAAGAUUAUAAAAAAGAAUGGAGAACAAUUAUCCUGUUAUUCAGUUACUGGUGAAGCAAAGUCCUGAUAGAGAAAAUCUUAAUUUAUUGUAUAUGUACUCACUAUUUUAUUUAUUUAGGAGAUUGUGAUCGUAUUUAUAUAACAUUUUACUAGCAAUAUUAAUAAAAAUAUAUGUCUGUA